AUGGCGCCGGCAGCCCUGCCCCGCGUGGGCGGGCCGCUCCACCUGCCGCUCCGCGAGCGCUCCACGUGGAGUUCCGAGAGCGGUCCCACCGCCGCCGCCCCGCGGAAAGGUGCAGCCAAUGGGCGGCAAGAGAGGGCGGGACGGGAGCGCGGCGCGUGCGCGGGGUCAGAGGUGAGCCCGGGAUGGUGGCCGGCGCGCCCGGAGCCCGCGCCACGGACGGAGAUCAUGAUGGCCCAAAGGAUUAUUAGAAUACGUUUACUGUUCUGCUUUCUGGCUGCAUUCUUCAUCUCUGCUCUAGCUGAGGAACACGUAGGAGAGAGUCAACAUGGAAAUAUUCGCCUUGAUAAGAACUUGGUGCAAGAUAAAGACCACAUCAUGGAACAUUUGGAAGGUGUUAUUGAGAAACCAGAAUCUGAGAUGUCUCCACAAGAGUUGCAGCUUCAUUACUUCAAAAUGCAUGAUUACGAUGGCAAUAAUUUGCUAGAUGGAUUAGAGCUUGCUACUGCUAUAUCGCAUGUCCACAAAGAGGAAGGUGGUGAGCAUACCCAGGCAAUGAAAGAAGAAGAGCUGAUUAAUCUAAUAGAUGAUGUCUUAAGAGAUGAUGAUAAGAACAACGACGGAUACAUUGACUAUGCAGAAUUUGCAAAAUCACUGGAAUAAGGUUUUGCAGGGGGCUUGUUUCUUCUUCUAACUACAUGGAAAUGUGAACUAGUAUAAUGUGAUUCAUUACUGUCUCAUAUCAGCCACUGUGCUGUGAGAAGGAGAGGUGUACCAGUUCCAGCUGAGUUUAUUUGGAAGUUGUUUGUUUUAAGAGACUGGCUAACUCGGAGUGAGAGCCGUGUUUGACUAUACGUAGCUACACAUUUGAAUCUUGAAGCAUGAAAGCGUCAACAGUGCUCGCAGAGGGUACAGCUGGCAAACUCUCCAGUACCUGUGUAUGAAUACUAAAUAGAUCAUACUAUAUCUAAAUUUCACUUUUUCUGGCAUUGGGUUAUAUAGUACGUGUUUGCUUACAUCUCCUAUUUAAACACAUAAAAUACCUAGAAUGCCAGAAAAGAUUACUGCCUAUAGUUGCGUUUCAAGGAUAAAUGUCCUUACCUUCCCACUAAUGCCAAAGGAAACUUCCCUCUUGAAAGAGGAAAUAUAGAGGAAAAGUGUUUGAACGUAGUUUAUGUUUGAGGUCCACAUGAUACCAUGUGAACUUUAACACAGUCUUAGAAAUAAAUUGAGUAUUUAAAAAUAUAUGUACUUGCUAGCAUACCCCUAAAUUUUACAGAGAACUAUGUAUACACGUGUUAAUCAAUUUCUUCUUGCCCUUUACAGAUUUACUUUUUAUAUUUUAAUGAAUUGCUUUUUUUCCUCUACCUUCUGUGGUGUUUUCUUAAGAAAAUGAAAGUAUUUUUAUUACAUUUAUAUGUUGUAUUAAUGCUAUAUAGCAUUUACUAGAGUAGCUGCUGCUAUCUCAUUUUGAAGGUCACAAUAACAGUAAACCAGUUUAAUAGAAAAUCUUCUGUUCAAUUUGGUUUUCACAGUAUUAGCCAGCACGAUAAUCUGAGAUUGCUGCCUUGUUAAGGUUUAAGUUCAUAUUCCUUGACAUUUAAAUUAUGGUAUUACUUUCAGAAGGUGUUUCAUAGCUAACUGUUUCAAGAUACUCAAGUGUGUGCAAAUUAACAUGGUUCUAGAAAUGUUUUCCUUGUCUUGACUCAAUUAACUCAAGCAGUUUAAGGAUAUUAGAGAAGUGAUGUAUUGCUGAAAUCUUAAAUUGCAUUCUAUCAUUAUCCAUUAAUAGAGAAUCUAAAUGUUAGUGUAUUUCUGUAAAAUGUAUAAAGAGCUAUUUUGUGUACAAAAUUAUUCUUAUACAGGAGAAACAUUUGUAAAAGGAAUUAUUUCCUCUGUUUAAAUGUUUGUGCAAUGAA